AUGGCUACCGAAGCAUCCACCGCUGCCAAUGGCGGCGCCUCCAAGUCUCUCGCAGCCAUGCUGGAGGAGCAGCACGCGCGCGACGAGUCCCAUAAGCCAACCGUCGAGGACACCGUGGACGAGGAAGACCUGAAGCACCCUCCCCCAUCUGCAACUCCCAGCGACCAGCCAUUGCCUCCAAUCCUGACCCCCGCUUCGGGCUCCGCUGCGCCGGCGGAGGCUGUUGCUCCUGCAGUCUCCAAGCCCGCUCCCAAGAAGGCUCCUGCGUUCGAUGUGCAAUCAGAAGAGCUCUUCCCUGCUCUCGGAAGUGGCCCGAAGCCUGCUGCGCCAGCUGCAGCUACGUGGGGGGCAAAGAAGCCCUCGGCAGCGGCUGCACUUGCCAAUGGUCGCUCAGCUCAGCCUCAGGACGUCCCAAGGGUGAUGUCUCUUCCCGGAAAGCACAUGGAGCAAUUGCGACUUGCGCCCUCUCAAAUGCAGCCCCGCGGUCAACUGAAGAAGCCCAUCAGAGAUAUUCUGCGGGACAUUUCUCGGCGGUCCAAGGCAACCGUCGACAUGCGUGGUGGGCCCGGAGGAUCAAUUAUCUUCGAGGGUAAAGGCUCCGCGGAUGCCGUUCGCCAAGCACUCAAGGAAGUUGCGCAGCAAGUGGGAUCAAAGCAAUCGGUCCGCGUUCCCAUUCCAACCUCCGCCCGCGCUCACAUCAUCGGCCGUCAGGGAUCGGUGGUUCAGGAUAUCCAGACUCGUACCGGCGCACGUGUGCAGGUUCCCCGUACCGAGGAGAACGGCGCCUCCCACGAAGACGAUGAAGAUGACACCAUCGAUGUGCUCAUUGAGGGUGAUGCUGUUGCUGCGGAAAUGGCGCGACGUGAGAUCGAAGCUAUUGUCAAGGAGCGUGGCUCAAACAUGAACCUGCGUCUCAAGACCGUUCCCCCAGAGUUCUUCCCCUUCAUCGCCGGAGUGCACGAUGCGCAACUGCGGGAUAUUGAGGAGCGUACAAAGGCUCAAGUGCACGUUCCCCGCUACGACACAUGGUCUACUCGACCUCCUCCCCAGGAGGCCAACCCUGGCCACGUGCAGUUUGUCCCUUGCGCUGAUAAGCACAUUGUCAUCUCGGGUGAACGCACUGCCGCUCAAGAGGCUCGUGCUGAAAUCGAACGGCUGGCUGCUGAACUGCAGCGUAAACUGACGUUGCGCCAGCUUGCCAUCAACCGUGGCCAGCACCAGUUCAUCCUUGGUAACGAGGUUGAUGCCUUGCACCAAUUCCUUGCGCAAACGGGCUGCGGUAUUGUCCUUCCUCCUGCUAAUGACGAGAGCGAGUUCCUUACGAUUGUUGGACCUCUGGACCAAAUUGAAAAUGGUAUCAAUCACGCGAUGGACCUUGCUACCAGCAUGCAGAUGGCCAGCAUCGACCUUUCCCGUCAGCAUCCCAACGCGCCUGCUGGCUCGAAUGCACACGCUCGUGCUCUGACGCAAUAUCUCCGCCGUCGCGAAAUCAUCAAGCAGCUUGAGGCUGCCUAUGAUGCCCACAUUGCUUUGCCUCCGAGCGUCGACGGCCCCGUUACUUGGGAAGUCUAUUCUCGCGAUGGCAAGAAUACCAUCCGUGCCCGCUCCGACAUCAUGAAUCUGGUCCAAGCGCAUCCCCCCUCGCGUCUCCGCCACGUUCCGGUUGAUCCUUACUUCCACUCUUAUCUUCGCUCUCGUAGUGCUCCAAAGCUCCAGGGUGACUACGGUGUUCACCUGCUGAUUCCUGAUGACAACGAAAGCUCCGAUGUGGUUCUGGUCUAUGAGGGUCCUUCUGCUUCCGAAUCUCAUUUCGAGGUGCCCCGGCAACGGCCUUCUUCCGCUGACGUGGCGGCCUUUGAAAAGUCGCUACAGGAAGCUCAGGAAUACUUGUUGAGCGCUCUCGGAGAUCAGCAGGACAUUGUCGCCAAGAGCGUCACUGUCCCUGCCAAGUACCAGGAGAAGACCCGCAAAUUUAUUCUGCGUGAACAAGACUCCAAGGCUGAAGACAGUAUCCCAGUUCGUGCUCUCAUCGGAGAUGCCAAGAACGGCAAAUGCGAAGUUGCGCUGCGCGGACCUUCAAAAUUGGUGGACGAGCUGUCUUCCAAGCUGGAUGCCUUUGUCGCCGAGCAGGAACAGGACGACCUCGAGCGUGGAUACACCACCACCUUUGAUUUCCCUCAGAAAUUCGCCAACUUCCUCAUUGGAAAGCGGGGCGAGAACAUCAACAAACUUCGUGAGGAGUUUGAUGUCGAUAUCAAAGUUGAGAACGGCAAGGUCGAGGUCAAGGGACCCAAGGCCAAGGCAGAUGCCGCACGCAUGCGCAUCCUGAACAUGGGCAAGAAGUGGGAGGAUGAGACCACCCAUAUCUUGAAGAUUCCUGCGAAGUACCAUCGCGAGCUGAUCGGCCAGCGUGGUAACCAGGUCAACCGACUCCAGGACCGUUACUCUGUUCGUGUGCAGUUCCCCCGCGCUGCGAACUCCGCCGAUGACCAGUCCGUUGGUGAGGCUGGCAGUGAUGCUGGAGCUGCUCGACCUGGUCGUCCUCAACAAGCUGCCGAUGAGGUUCUGAUCAAGGGUCCGAGCAAAGGCGCUGAUCAGGCUCGUGACGAGAUCAUGAGUCUUCUCCAGUGGGUUGUCGACCACUCUCACUCGGCGACUGUUUCCGUUGCACAAAGUCAGAUCGCCUCGUUGAUUGGUCAGCGCGGCCCGCAAACGAUGCCCCGACGCUUCGGACGUGUGCAAAUUCGGAUCAAGGGUACCAAGCAGCAGGUCACUGAGGCCAAGAAGGUUUUGGAACAGCGCGCAUCCGAAUUCGAUGCCACCGUCACCAAGACUAUUGACGUGGACCGGAAGUACCACAAGGCUCUCAUCGGUGGUGGUGGUGCCAACAUCCGCAAGAUCGUCACCGAUGCCGGUGGUCCCAGCGAUGGUAGCGCUGCGCGCAUGGUUCGCUUCCCCCGUCCUGACAGCACGGAAUCUACUAUCCGCUUGGAGGGUAAUGGCAAGAUCGUGGACAACAUUGUGGCGGCUAUCGAGCAGUUUGUCAAGGAGCGCGAGGACCAAACCCGCCGCAACAUCGAGUCCAAGUUCAACGUGACCCUGGACAUCCCCAAGCAGGGAUCUGGCAAGACCGAUGUGAAGCUGAAGGGUGCUAGCACUGCUGUCGCUGAAGCCAAGGAGCACAUCGAGGGGUUGCUAAAGGAUCAGCAUGCUGAGACUGUGGAGGUGCCGCGCAACCUUCACCACGCUGUGGCGGACAACGGGGCCAUCUUCCGCCGUCUUCGCAAUGACUACCGGGUCACCGUCGACCAUGCCGGUCAGUCUGUGCCUGCGAACCCCGCCAUUGAAGAAACCCGCGACGGUGCCACUGGUGGCUCGCUGCCUCUGAUCACCGACGAUCCUACUGCCGCUUCAGAUGCCCACUCAUGGAAGAACGUUGCCAAGGCCCGUGCUGCUAUUGAGAAGGCCAUUGCUGGCGCCAGCCAACAGUCAGCCACUGGAUACCUCAUCUUGCCCGACCCCAAGACCUAUCGCUUUGUGGUUGGUCAAGGUGGCAGCCAGAUUAACGCCAUUCGCAAGAAGACGGGAUGCCGCAUCAACGUGCCCAAGAACCAGGCGCAAGGUGAGGCGAUCGAGAUCCGGGGAAGUGCCUCUAGUCUUGAGGAGGCUCGCGAUAUGAUUUUGGAGGCGGUGCAAAAUGGUCUGAAUGGUGCCAGUCGCCAGUAA